CGCGAAAUCAGCUUAAAGCAACAUUUUAGGUUAAAUUUGGUCUAUUAAGGGAGAUUGAAAAUCGUGAAAUAUGUUGCCCGACCAAUAGUGUAAAUAAGCUAUUUCCCGAGAAGUGCAGUUUCAGAAGGGUGACUGUAAGUGUCAUUUUGUAUAGAAAGCCAAAACAAUAAUUUAAUAACUGUGUAUGGCUACUGUGCUUUGGGUUUAUUGCUGACUCUGUGUUUACCGUUUUGAUAAAUAAUUGAUAUAAUUUCAUCACCAAUUAUGGAAAUUGUAAUUACAUCAUCUAAGCCAUUCUGUUAUUCAAUGUGACCAUUAAUUUAUCUCAACCAAAAUCAUCAUUUUUUCUUUGUGUGACUCGGGAAAGUGAAAACAACUAGGAACCUAAUAACCUAAACAAAAAAUUAUUUCUCUCAAUAUCUAUAGUCAAUCACGCCUCAUAUUUUGUCUCUGUCUGACCUAUCUCUCUUUUUUCCCAUUCUUUCGCUUAACAAUCUUCAUCUUUGCAUUCUUUUUUCUUUACAUCAAUCAAUUUUUGUCAUACCUGUUAUUUUUUCCUCUUUCUUCUACAUUUUUGUAAUUUUUUCUACAUCUCAAACUUUGUCUCAUAACUCCCCAAAUUUGUCUCAAAUUAUGUUGUACCGUUAAUCGCCAAUCGAGGAAAUGUCCCUCGUUUCGCCUGAAUCUAGUCCUUCGCUAUCUUCUCAACCAGCGCCAACACCAUUACAGCCAAUUAAUCAAAUUUGCCAAAUUAAUCUUACGAGCAGUAUCAAGCCCUCGGUAUCUUCUGCUUUCUCUAUCGUUCCAUCAUCUAUUUCUCUAUCAUCAUCUUCAUCAUUAACUUCACCAGCAUCAGGAGCUUCAGUGGUAACUAAACGUCGUCACUCAGAUGCUGGUUUCGUUUUUUCCUCUGCAAUUGGCAAAGACUCAACCGAAUCAUCUGAACUCAAGUCAACAACAUUCAACUCUAUUGCCAAUAGAGAAGAAUCUGUCAACGGAAAUGAACUCAGCUCAAAUGAAAUUACCCUUGUCGACAGGCUCACCAAGACAACCUCUAUCUGGUUUCUGCCGGAUAUUGGAAGAUCCAGUGUGGCAAAUCUUUUAGAUGAGAAAGAAGAUGGAUGUUUCAUUGUUCGAAACUCUAGUAAAUUUAACUCAAUGGCCUUAUCCGUUCGAUUGCCUGAAGGAAAAGGGCCACAUGUUGAACACUAUCUUAUUGAAACAUCGCCGAAUGGUUCAUUCCAUCUGGAGGGAUCAGAAAAUCAGUUUAGCAGUAUGGCAUCGUUGAUAUCGCAUUAUUGCAAUUGUUGCGAUGAGCUUCCUGUCCGGUUAACCUUGCCAGUUAAAUUAAUGAAUGCAAAUUUUGUAAAAUUAACAUCUUACUCACUUUUGGGCCAAGAAUUUUGGCAUACAUUGAAUCAAACGCCCAAAAGAACUUUCGCCCCUAUAAUUCGCAGUGCCAGUAAUAUCUCAAGCUCUUACAGAAACAACAAUAAUUUAAGUCUCCACCUUUCACUUAGUAUUAAACAAUUAACAAAUGAUUCUGCUAAAAAACCUUCCAUUGGGACAACAUUGCUAUCUCCAGAAAAUACCUCAUACAAAAGAGAAAAGAGCAACAUCAAAAACAGCGGAAAUCAGCUUACAAAUUUAUCUCUCAUUACAAGUAAUUUGAAUCAGCAACCAUAUAUUGUCAAUGAAUUGACUUCAUCGGGGUCUUCAACCAACAUAACAUGUCUAGCUUCAUCUUCUGCUUCUUCGUCUGCAUCAUGCUCACCACCUUUGACUUCUUCCUCUUCAAGGAUAGAUACUGACGAGUUACUCAACUUCAAUGAUGAACCCAUUGUUGACAUGAAAAAAAGUUCUACUGUGCCGAUUAAUUUAGUUGAACAAUGUGAAUCAUCUGUGAAAAUAGCUGUACCACCUAAACCUCCGCCUCGAACUGGACCAGGAGGAAUCAUGCAAAUCUCUAUUCCACCUCCUAUACCAUCAAGGACUAGCAAGCCAUCUCCAAAAUCCGACUGUAAAAACCAUUCAUCGCAAAGCAUUAACUCAUUUAUUCAAAGCAUCUGCAUUGAUGAUAUUUUUAAAAGCAAAAAUCGAUCUAUUACAAGUGAAGAAGACGAGCUUCUCAUUGUUAACGAAGAACACGAUGAUGAUAAUGAUGAUGAUAUUGAAAUAAUUGAUAUCUACCCAACUAAUAGCAGUAACAGAGAUGUUGAAAGUAACAAUAACAAUAUUGAUCGAGAUGAUAGUUUAUCAAUUAGUCAGAGAACCUCAGAGAAUGGGAGUUCUCACAAUAUCUCUAGUCAAAAUGAAAACAAGCCAGAAGAGAUGUUAUCGUCCCAUGGAAAAGAAGAAAAAGCUCCUCGUGGAAUUGAAACGCUAAUUAAAUAUUAUAACAGUAAAGUGGAAGACAAAUAUAGUGAUUAUGAGGAUAUAUGGAGUUUUGCUCCUAAGACAUAUGUAGAUCAUACCAAGACUAAGCAACAGGAAAGUAACUGCGAAAAUGAAUCUCCAAUUACAAAAGCUUCUCUGCCUAAGACUAAUAUGCAGAAAAUUGAAGCUUCAAUUGCUCCAUCAGAUACUUUUGCCUUAUCAAUUGCAUCUGAUUCAAUGUCAAAAUGCUGCUCUAUCAGUACCCAAACAGAUCCAAUGAAAUCAUCCUGUGAUAUUGAUGAUCAAUUUAAUGAGAUAAUCACUCGAUUUGAACAUCAUUCCCAUUAUGGCUCUGAUUCUAAUUUAACUCUUUCCUCUAUAAGAUCAACUAAGAGCAAGCAUAAUUUAUCCUUGGAAAGUUUAAUUUAUCUUAAUAAGGAUGCUCUUUCAAUUUAUGGUGAUCCCAAUGACAUAAACUUUGGUCGUAGUGAAUUUAAUGCUGUUAAUCCCCAACUGGAAGAUGCUUCAACCCAAGCUGGUAAAAGUAAAACUGCUGCACAACCAGCAUUUAAACAAAUUUGCUCACAAGAUCAGCGAAGGAAUAUUCCAGGUAAAACUACUGCUAACUACGGUACCCAAGGUGGAAGAGAUGCUUGGCUAGUUGACUCUUCGUGGAAAUGGCGACGAUCGAAUGUUGUUCUUGAUAAUCCUGAUGAUAAUUGUUCAAAUAAUGACACGGAUGAUACUACACUCACUUUACGUUCUCCCUUACGACGAAAUAAACGAUCUAAUCAACCAGAUGACAAGAGGACUCUUGACCAGGAAAGAGCUGAUCUAAAUCGGUAUCGCCGUUUCAGUGCUCGAUAUGUACUUGAAUCAGGUGUUGAUAGUGAUCCUGAAACGAAUGACUAUGAGCCCCGUGAGGAGAGAAAAUCUCGAACUGUUGAAGAUUUAAUUGCUCAAGAAGCUCCAGAAUUGAGAGUGCCAAGAAUAGAGGUUGACACAAAUGUUGUCAGCCUUGAUGACAGUUAUGAUAAUGUUGUUACUUUACGGAAACACGAUAAAGAUGCUGCUACUCGCAAAGCUAACCGUGAAGAUUCCAGUAAAACAAGUGGUGGAACCAUGACUGAUACUGAGACGGUUUUUAGUGAACCCUGGGAUAGUGAAUAUUGGCGCAAAUUAAUCAGUGUUACUCCUGGGAAAACUGAACUCUUGAUGAGUUUAUCACCGGAAGAAGAUGAAAAAAAUUCCAUUUAUGAUGAAGCAAAUGGUGCCUCCACUUCAAAUCUUUUAGACUCCCUUAAAGAUUCAUCCUCAAUUGGUAUUGAGUCUACUUCUAAUGAGAUAAGUAAAGUGAAAAAAGAGGAGUCAUGCAAGACACGAAUUGAUAAAUUAGUUGCUAGUUUUUCAUCAUUAAGUGGAAGUGGUGGUCUUCAAAAUUCAUCAAUCUUGAAAGAUGAGCUUGGUAAUCGUAGUGAUCAAGUGUCAGACAGAGAGUCGUUAUCUGUUGAUAUUACGGAGGUAACAUCAUUUACUUCGGAUACAAAUUCUGAUCUUUUAUCUUCCAUUUCUAUGCACGAUCAAGCAAGAAUUUCAAUGGAAUCAGAUUCUUCUACUCUGAUUGGAUACAAAUCGAAAACAGGAACUACGGUCACCUCAGCUACAAGUCGAAAUGAACGCAUCUACACUGCUGGUAAAAGUAUUUGUGAUUAUAUUUUUAAACUGGCUGAAGAAAAUGAUAACACGUUUGCCAAAUCAGUGUCUCAUUUUAUUGAUUGUACAAAAGAUUUACAUGAAGUCAACCCACAUGUUGUGAUGAGAAACAUACGACAGUUUAUGAACGGAAUGAAAAACUAUCUGGUUAAACACGGAGAGAAAAAUUUCCUUGAAAUGAUUCGUGAAGAAAGGAAUAAACUAAAGAGUGACGAGUUUCUCAAUAUUGAUGCAAUCAUUGAGGGAACUUUACAUAAACUAAUCAUCAAACCUUUAAAAAGUCAUCUUGAUGGGCUGUUUGUUGAACAUUACAAACAAAAUGGUUCUCUUUCCCUUCUCUCCGAGAACAUGAAAAACGCUCAAAAGAGAGGUCCCCAGGAGAUUGGUGUAAGAUCUGAUCUUUAUCUUCCUGAUUCUAAAUCCAUGGCUAUUAUUCAAAAACACUUUGAUAAAAUGCAACAAGCUUACUCGCCAUUAAAAAAGUUGGAACACUUACUGGCAGCUAUAUCAUCAAUUUACAGUGGAGUCAAAAACAGUUCCCAGCAAGCAGCCUUGACUUCAGCUGGAUCUCUGUCCAGUGAUCUCUACUACCGAUCAGCAGGAAGUGGUAAAAGAAAAGUAAACAUGGAUGGAACACAUCUGUCUAUCGGAGCCGAUGAUUUUCUGCCUAUCUUUAUCUAUGUUCUGGUUCAUUGUGGAUUUCUUUCAGCUGAAAUAGAAGCUGAAUACAUGUGGGGUCUUCUUCAUCCUUCACUUCUUUCUGGUGAAGGAGGUUACUACUUAACAACUCUGAGUUCAUGUCUACAUGUAAUCAAAAACAUGUCAGAAAAUGAAAUAUCUUUGCUCAAUCAAACAUGCGAUGAUCCCAAUGUAACCUCGUCUUCAACUGUUCUUGCUUCUUCUCCGUCUCCUCAGUCAACUUCACCACCAGCCACACCUAGUACCACUACUGGUACCAGCUCAUCAACCAGUCUGGUAACUUCAAUUACUCCUUCGCGAUUUGCAAGUGUCACUGAUCUUCAGGGUUAUAUGAAAAUUAUGAUUCCCAAUGAAUUAUCUUGUUCCAUUGUCACUAAAACACUGCCUGUUCGACCAAGCAUGACCACUAAAGAUGUUUGCAAAAUGAUUGCUCAUAAAUUUAAUCAAACAAACUCAGAGGAUUACGGUUUAUUCCAGAUAACUGUUGAUGGAAGUGAAACUCAAUUAGAACCAAAUGAUUUACCUCAACUAAUCAGAUCCGAAGCAGUAAAGUCUGGUAAACUGUUAAGUUUUGCUUACAAAAGGAUAGAUGUUAAAUUUGUUUGGCCUAAAAUGGAUGAUUAAUGAAACAGGGUGAAAACAAGCAAAUUUUAUUCAUUGAUAUUCUCAUUUCUUCACUCUUAAUCUUUCCGAAAUCGUUAAUUUUUUUAUUUCUGCUUUCUAACUCGAUGCUAUAAAAAAUUUACGCUUCAACAUGAAAGUAAACCUCAAGUCAAAAGAUGUCAUCUUUAUAUCAAAAAAUUUAUAAAUAUAUAUAUAUAUUCAUCAGACAUUUAUUCAUGUAAACACCAUCUUCGUUUAAAGAUUAUUCUUAAAAUUUUCGACUUUUUUCAUCCGAAAAGGUUUAAUAAUCAAUAUUUUUUGUCACAUAAUCAAAUUUCUUCAAAGACUAUUGAGCUCUCUUAUCCAUUAAGAUCUUGCAUUCUCAUAAAGUCCAUCUGUGCUGAAGUCUAAAUUAAAUAAAACAUAACAUUAAAUUUGCUCAUUAAAAACAUUUA